AUGAGAAGUUAUGAUUCCAAUUACUGGGCAGAGGUUAAUAUUGCAAAGCAUAACCCCCUUGGCCGUCUUGAUAACUGGAGGUUAAGCUGGGGUUGGAUGAAUGAUGAGUUUAUAUACACAAUGAAAGGGGCUUAUCCAUCUGUUGUGGAUUCUUCUGAAUGUCUCUUUGGUAAGCAAGCUACAUUCUACCAGGAGCUUGACUUUUCUACUGUAUUGAAUUGUGAAAGAAGGCCAACCAUAAUUGAUCUCCCUCCCACUAAGUUCAAUGAUUCAAUCCUUGGGCAAAUUCUGUUUUGCUGCCGGAAUGGUACCAUAUUGCCACCAUCAAUGGACCCUAGCAUGUCAGCUUCAAGAUUCCAAGUGCAGGUCUUCAAAAUGCCACCAGCACUUAAUCGAUCCCAACUUUCACCGCCACAGAACUGGAAGAUUAGUGGUACACUCAACCCUAACUACAAAUGUGGCCCUCCAGUCCGGGUGAGUCCUAGUGAAUAUCCUGAUUCAUCGGGCUUACCAUUGAACAAAACUGUAGUAGCCAGUUGGCAGGUUGUGUGCAACAUAACAACGGUCAAAGGAGCAGCAAGUAUAUACAGACUAUACUAA